CAACAUCUCGCGCGUCAUCUGUGACAUCACCUGAAUGACAACUUCUGUCAUGUGGCCCGGAGUUUUAUAUCGUAGUUCAGUUUAAUUAGUAUUUACGAAAGUAAGAUAGUGUACGCAGUGGAGAUAUGGUAGCUAGAUCUUUAUCAAAAGCUGAAUGGAUAGCCACGGUCUCACUGGCUGCAGGAGCUGCUGCCGUUGGCUACUUGGUCUAUAAACACUGUCUUUCCAAAAAAAGAUGCAAGUCAUGUGUCAACCUUGACAUCCAGAAGGAGAUCCCAAAGAUUGUCCAUGCUUUUGACAUUGAAGACUUGGGAGAGAAGACUGUAUACUGUCGAUGCUGGAGAUCGAAAAAGUUUCCUUUUUGUGAUGGCUCCCAUACAAAGCACAAUGAAGAGAAUGAAGAUAAUGUUGGUCCAUUGCUAAUUACAAGAAAAGAAGUUUAAGUAACUGUUUUUCACUAACAUGCAAUCAAAAAUAUUUGAAAGUUGUAGUAUAUUUUAAAUUAAAUGCACUUUAUGUAUAUGUAUUGCAAAAUACUGUAGAUGAAAUGACUAAUACUACUUUUUUGAAAAACAAAGGAACUGACAAGUGAUUUGAUGACUGUUGUAAUUUGUUCUGUAUUAAAGUAAUACGCAAAAAUGUGUUUAUUUGUAAUGUAAUUUGCCUUAGUAUUUUUAAUAUCCAUGCUGCUGUUGGACAAUUUGCACUCACUUUUUAUGCAUUUUUUAUUUUUUUCUGUAAUUUUAUUAAUGUACUAGUAUAAACACUCCAGUACAUAAUAAAGUAACAUUUUGGUAACAUUCAGCUUAAAUAAACCUGUCAUGAUGCUGAAAACUACACGUAUCUAGUAUUUAACAUGUUUAAAUACUUGUCCAAUUAAACUGUGAUUAUAACAGUGACCAAACAUAUUUAGAAAAUAAAUAUAUUAUUGAAAAGCAAAUAAUUGCUGUAAAUGUGCUUUUACUAGAAAAUAAAAAACAAUAUUUCUUGCUACAUCCUGAACCAUUAAAUGUUACUGAAAAUAGUAAAUACUGUCCUGUCAUGUUGGUGUAUCUAAUGGGUGGGUUUUAAGCUACCUAUAUAAAUAUAAUCACAUGAUUAUAAAAAUUCCUAUUAAUAACAACGAAGUUUCAACCAGAUCUUUUUUUAAGAAUAUAGAAAAUGUGAAAUUGUGUAUUUUAAGGUUUAUGCACUGUAUUGCUUUUAAAUAUCUCGUAGUACAUUAUUACACUGCCUGCACACCAAAGUGAAAUCACUGAUCAUAGCCUUAAAAGAUAAAUCUAUAUUUAAGAGAAGAAUGCAAGAACACAUCUGAUUUUGAAUGCAAUUACAUGAUAAUCAUGUCAUUUGUUCUUGUAAAAUUGUUAAUAGCAAUGCAGUUCCAAACCUAAUUUUCUUUCCUAGCUAUUAUACUGUAAGCUUUUUUUUUAGCUGUCAGCAUCUGCACAGUAACUUUUGUUAACUACCUAAUAAGGGCAGGUGAAAACACAAGUGACAGAAAUGGCUGGAGAUGAAAAAAUGUUUCGGAUGAGGAUUAAGUACAACCAUUAGGUAUUGGUAACAUGACUUUUAAGAAGAGAAAGGCACAAGUGAGUAAGUAGAGAAGAACGGUGAGCUUAUCUCUAAACUAUUUUAUGUGCAUAUUUGCAUUAUUUAAUUCAAUAUAGUAUAAGAAAAGGUACAGUAUUUCUAGAAGUGGAAGAACAAACUAAUGGCUUUCUGCCAUAAGUUAAAAUUUUAACAUUGUUCAAAUAAUAUUUUUAUAUUAAAUACUUUUCAUUUUUUCAUUCCAUUUUUAUUUUAAAGUAGAUUAACUACUGACAUCAAAUAUACACUCAGUAGUCCAUCAUUUACAGUUAUUCUAUUUAAUUUAAUUAAUGAAUAAACGUGAGGGGUAUAGCAAUUGAAUUUGGCAUUAUGAAGUCUGGAGCUAUCUUUUGAUAAAUAAACCAUACAGUUAUUUAAUUAAAUAAAAUUUUACUUUCUUAGAUAAUUUGAAUUUUAUUCAGAAAUCUCAGAAGAGGUUUCUAUUCAUGAGUAUAUAAUUUUGUUAAUAUACUUUUUAUUCAGAAAGUAUAAGAUAAGAUGUUGAGUGUAACAGAACUUGAUGCACUAUUUAGUGAAGUACAGGGCAGUAUUUUAUUUAGCUUCAUUUAUUCAUUCAUUGGUCAUGUAUAUCCAUAUAUUUUCAUAAAGUAGCAAAAUUUAAUUAAAAUUGAUUUUUUUGCCUUUACUAGUCCAAUGGUGUACAUCUUUUCUACAUUUUUAAAAUGAUGCAUAUUCAGUGUUAUAUUAAUGAAUCCAACAGAAACAUAUAUCAUCCCUAAGAAUUCUACACAAUAAUAUCAAAAUGCAAUUGGCGUUUAUUAAAAUCAGCUAAAAGAUCACAGGAUUAAUCAAAAUGUCAAAAAUGCUAGUCCAGCAUAAAUGCAAUUGAAUACAUUAUAUAUCAUAUUUGCCUGCACCAAUUUCCAGGAAUCGGAGCAUAAUGGACAUCACUGUAUAAUUCAUAGUGAAAAUGUUAAAUUUAUUAACAUAAUAAUUAUAUUUGAUUAACCUGUUUAAUCUCUAAUCUGAAAGUAGAGGUUCAAGGUGGAUAAUAAUACUGUAGGUUUUUGUUGUCUUCUGCUGGAAUAAUUUUGUUUUACUAGUUUGGUUUUGAGAAUAGUCUCUGUUUUAAUGUUGUGUAUAGUUCUGUAGCUUGUAAGUAAUUUUCCAGUAAGGAAAUUGGCUUUUGUUAUACAGUUGACAAGAGUGGUUAGCAUUACUGUGUCGCACCUCCAGAGUUUUAGGUGCACAUCCUUACCCUGUUACUCCCUGUAGCAGAGUUUGCACUGUAUGUUUUCCUAGUGUUUGUGUGUAAUUUUCCCAAGGUACUCUAGUAAUCUUACCAUAUCACUAAUAUAAGGGUAUUGAAUUAUUUAGCCUAAUGUGCCUGUCAUAUAAUUGUUGGCAAGAAUGUGCCUAGUGAAGGACAGCAUCCUUUUGAGGUUUGGUUUAUAUCUUGCAUCCUUUGCUGCCAGGAUAUGCUGUUGUUUUCUUCAUCUGUGACCCGGAUUAAGCAUGAUAAAGGUUAACUUUACUUUUGUUUUAACAUUGAUGUUGAAACUGUACAUGUGCAUACUUUUAUUAUGAAUUUACUUGGUUGUGCACCAGCUUGAUUCAUUUCACUUGAUAACGUUUCUAAUUACAACCACAUCAUUUAAAGCCUUGAACUUAACUGCUUCAAAAAGAUGAUCUGAACAUCAUUGUAUAGUGAUCUACUAUUAAGAAUCAUAAUCGUAUAUUAUUGUGUUUUUCCAUAUUUGUUGUAUAUUAAACUUUAUGUAAAUUCCCAAAGAAAAAGAUCCACAAAUAUGUAUUCUAAAUAAUUAAGUUCUGAAGUAUAUGUGUUGAAGUAUGUACUACAAUUCUUUUUUUUUUCUUCUGCAGAUCCAUUUGAACUUGUUCAUGAAAAGUUAUUAGUGCUCAGAUUGCCAUGUAUAAGUAUUUAAUGCAUUACCUUUGAAGUGUCAUUUUUCGCAUCACUGACAAAUGUAAGAAAUCACAUUUUAAUGUGACUGGCGCAGAAUGUCUUGCAAAUAAUUGUAUAGAGGAGUAAUGUCUCUGUUAGAUAUACAUUUUAAAGUCAUACUGUAUAUUGAUAAAGUCAAGGCAGAGUAUACAUAAUAUGUAAUUUGUAAAUCUUCACCUUAUGGUAUAUUGUAAAAUGUUUUUAAGGACCCUUCUAAUAUUAGUUUGUUGAUUCAUUUUAUUAUUUUUAUGACAUUUUCCAGUUUAGUAAUGUAUUAUACUACAGCAACCUGUUGUAUAAGAAAUCACAGUAUGCAUUAUUAGAAAUGUAUUUUUCAAAGAUCAUGUUGAAAUAUGAUAAAAUAGGGAUUAGUACUACAAGUAAAAUUCACUGACAAGCCGGGAGAGGGCACUGAAUGAGCCCAUAUGUUUGUUGAUAACCCAGCAUUCCGGUAUUGUAUUUAUAUAGAAAAAGCUGCUGUUAAAAGUUAUGCAAAUGUAGUGAUUGUUUUAUUUUGUUAUUCAAUGAAAUCAUGUCCUUGAUUAUAAUGUGUCAUACUGAUGCAGCAUUCUGACUUCUGAAUAUUGUGAUAUUUUAUAUUGUUAGGCUGCAAAUCCUAAAUUUCAUUUUUUUUAUCCUAACUGCAUUUUCCUUGAAUUCAAAAAGAUUUUAUGCUAUUUUUUAAGAUUAAAUAGAAAAAUGUUGUAACCCUAACCUGUAUUAUUCAAUUUUACCUUACACAGUUAAUUUGUUGUGAACUAACAUUAAAUACAUUGCAUUUCCUACCAAUGUAAAGCUUUCAUAUCUGUAACCCUUCAGUUUAUCCUCUUAUGUUUGAUAGUGUAUUAUAUAGAUUAAAACAAUAUUCAGAAUGUAAGAAGGCAACAUUUAAUUCUUCAAUUUCAUGUAGUAAAUGCCUUGAGCAUGGGAAAGGUACUAUAUAAAUAAAAAUAAAAUGUAUCAUUA